AUGAAUCUCAAUCUUUCAGGGUCCUUGAACAUCUUCAAGCUGUUGUUCAGACCGUCAUUAUGCCUGCCUCAUCAUACCGUCGCAACGUUCAAUGAUCUCCCCAUCCCUUUCGAGAAGGCCUUCGAGGGACAAAACCGUAAAUGCGACAUCAAAGCCGUUGUUCUAGACAAAGACGAUUGCUUCGCCGUUCCCCACACAAAUGAGGUCCACAAGCCGUAUAAAGAACGCUUCGAGCAGUUGAAAGCGGCAUACCCCGGCCGCCGUCUUGUCAUCGUAUCCAACACCGCCGGCGCUACAUCGUAUGACACUUCACUACAGCUGGCCAAGGAGCUCGAGGAGGCCACAGGCAUAACCGUCCUUCCUCAUAAGACGAAGAAGCCCGGGUGCGGCUCCGAGAUCAUGGACUACUUCAGAAGCCACCCAGAGACGGGCGUUUCUCACCCCUCCCAGGUUGCCGUCGUCGGCGACCGGUUGACGACGGACAUGAUGCUGGCCAACAUGAUGGGCGGCUGGGGCUUCUGGAUCAGAGAGGGUGUUAUUGCCCCAGAGAAGAAGAGUAUUUUCUCGAGGCUGGAAUGGCGUCUUGCGGCGGCACUCACUGCCAGAGGCUACCAAGCUGUCGACCCAGGAAGUCCGUUCGAAUAA